UGUAGGUAGAAAUUACGCGCAAAUUCAACUGAGCUUGUUUAUUUAAAGAAACUCGGAUCGGUUAGACUAUUGAACUCUUUGGAAAUUCCGUCUUGUGAAUAAAACCAGACCUGCAGGUAUUCAGUAUGAAAACAGGUGAGCUACACACGUACAGUGGCCCACGAUCAUGCGAAGUUUCUUGUUAAUUACUUUCAGUCUCCUCCCCAUUAUAGCAAGAGAAUCAGAACCUUGCACUCUAACGACAGGCAUUAACGGAAAAUGUAUAAGUAUUCAAGAAUGUGACUAUGCAAUUUCUCUGUUACAAAGAGGACAGCGUCCUGAAAUAUGUGGCUUCGAUGGUAACAAUCCCCGUGUCUGCUGUCCCGAACUUGUGUCCAACGCAGGAGGUAGAAAACCAGGGGAAUUGAGUGACUUGAGUAAGUAUGGUCCUGCUAGAUGGGUACGACUCGGAGACUUAGAUAUAUCAACCAACACCGAUGGCACAGAAUAUCAACAAAUCCGUGUCAAGAGAGUUAUACCCCAUCCAAAAUACAGAAGCCCCUCCAAAUAUCAUGAUAUAGCAUUGUUGGAGUUAGUAACCCCAGCAAAGUGGACGAUUUUCGUAGCACCAGCUUGUCUGGACAGUAAUCGAACUCACGACGAAACAAAAAUGAUAGCAACCGGUUGGGGUAAAACAAGUUUCGCAGGUGAAUUCAGUAAUCAUCUCCUAAAAACCAACCUAGAUGUGGUACCAGUUGAGCAGUGUCGGGAAUCAUUCAAAAAUAUUAACAGAAGUGAGCUGCCAAACGGAAUCGAUGAUGAAUUGCAAAUAUGUGCUGGAGGAGGUCCUAUUCAUGACACCUGCCAGGGAGAUUCUGGAGGACCGCUUCAAGUUAUCAGCAAACACAAAACUGUAGAAACAGUAUACGUUGUAGUAGGAGUUACUUCUUUUGGAAAGGCGUGUGGUAUCUCACCAAGUCCAGGUGUUUAUACACGAGUUUACAGUCAUUUAUCUUGGUUAGAGCAGACCAUAUGGCCAUAUGGUUAGAAAACCCACCGGAAGUAAUUACAAGAAGGACGAUCUUGUGAUGAUUUUCAAGAUGGCUAUGAAAAUGAUAUGAUUUUGAAUAAAGAUAAUUCCCGGA